AUACCAUCAUGUGCAUCAGGACACGAGACACAAAUAAAUAGUCAAGAGGACCUCUUUGUUGUGGUAGUAGUCACGUUGUCUUUAUCUCUCUACAAGUUAAUUCUUCGUCUGUUUCAUUACCAACACCAUCAGACGAGUAAACGUUACACUACUUUAAAGAGGCAUAAAAAUAUGGAUAACAAUGAAGAAAUGGGUACAAAAGUGGAGCUUUACGUGUAUGAUUUGACCAAAGGAGCUGCUACGAUAAUGUCUCAACUUCUUAUAGGUCGACAUUUGGACGGCAUUUGGCAUACAGCGAUCGUCGCCUACGGACGUGAAUAUUUCUUCGGGCCAUCUGGAAUACAAAUAGCCAUACGAUACGAUCUUGUUCUGAGACGUGGACUAAAUUUGGUGCGAGCGCUUCCAAAAAUAAUUUUACCCAACUCGAGCUUCUCUCCCGCGGCCUCUCUCUCUCACGUCCCAUACGCUUCCUGGUCACAACUCCUAGCGAGCGAAUCACGCCGGGCCGGCACGUAUCAUCUUCUCAGACUCAACUGCAACAAUUUCUCUGACGAGGUGAGCAGCUUCCUGGUGGGCAGCGGUAUUCCAAAAUACAUUCUCGACUUACCUGAAGAAAUAAUCAAGACGCCCAUAGGACAGGCACUAGCACCACUGAUAGAAACCCUCGCAAACAGUGCGAGCGCCGGAUUCACAGUCGGGCACAGAUUCGUCGAGCCAAGGAUUCAACGUGAGGUUUCACCAGAGUAUCAGCUUCUUAACACUGCGAUCGAGGAAGCACGGCUCAAUUCAAUAGCUUUGGAGGAGAGGCGAAACGUGCUGAACGAGAAACUUGCUAAGAAGGAGCGGAAAAAGAAAAAGAAGAAGAAGGAGAAACACGAUAAAUCCAAAGGAAGUGGUAGUGAGAGUAACAGUACAGGACCUAGUAAUUAUUCUACAAUGGCAGAUAGUGAAGUAGCGGAAAUGCAACCAACAAACGGCGACAUGGGCGCAGAAAUGUUGCCCUCUGAUCGAGUUCUUCAGAUGGAAGCUGAUGAAAGACGCGAACUUGAGGAAAGAAAACGUCAGAGAGAUCCUCCAAUUGUGUUCAAGGAGUUAACAGAUCUUGCAGCUGAAUUCGACGAUCUUUGUCGCUUACUCGAGGGAAAGCUCAAUGAAACCGAGAUAACAAAUCUUGAUGAGCUGCGCCAGUAUGCAUUAGAAAAUGAAGGGUCUUGGGCAUUGGGUGAUAACUUUUUAAAUUUCAUCGGGCGAAUUUUGUACGACAAAUCUUUGGACACUGCAGCGAAAGUUAAGCUACUGAAUAUUCUUGCAAUCGCUGCGUUAAAAGAUGACGUGAUUUUGUUAUUACAUCAAGAUAGAAGGGAACAUACGAUAAUGAAUUAUGCUUUUGACAUUGACCGUCAUCCAAUUGAAGAACAACUUCCGUUAGCACAAUUUAUCACUAACAUGUUUGAAAAUUUAAGUAGCUCAGAGUGGUUACUGUACAUCUCAGAAUGGCAGUACAACAAUCAAGGUAUCAGUAAUAUCAGAGUGACGACAAAGGUAGCAGUACACUCACUAUUAUCAGAGUCGGUAGAUCUUCAAGCCUGUGGCGCGGCGAUUAUUCACAACCUUGCUUGCAAGGAGGUGUUUGAUGAUGUUGCUGUAGAAUUGACAAUGGCAUUACUCCAGUACUUCAACGGUAACCCAUCGGAGGAACACUUGUAUGCUUGCAUGAAAGCCUUAGCACGCUUUACUCAAAUCAGCGGUCAUGAAGUACCUCAGCUCAUUCAAAUGAUAGGUCCAGAGCCCAAUAAAUUUCGCGGAACAUCACGAAGGAUCGACGAAAUGAUCGACGAAGUCAAUAAGAAGCUGCGU